AUGCAUACUCCCGCCGACGAGAAGAAAACCCAGUAUGAGGCCGGCAGGGAGGUCGAGGACCGCGAGAGCGUGGCGAAUGGCUCGUCGACAGAGUUCUCAGCUGAGACGGAGAGGAAGCUGGUGCGGAAGAUUGAUCUGAUGAUCCUCCCCAUCAUGCUCGUGGCAUAUAUGAUGUCCUUCAUGGACAAGCAGAUGCUGAGCUAUGCGGCCAUCAUGGGGAUCAUGCAGGAUCUGGGUCUGACGGGGUCAGAGUAUAGUUGGAGCUCGGCGAUUUUCUACUUUGGUUAUCUGGCUUUCAGCUAUCCCGCCUCGUUGCUGAUGGUUCGGUUUCCCUUGGGGAAGUAUCUGGCGUGUACUUACAUCAUCUGGGCGAUUGUCCUCGCCUGCCACGCCGCAACAACCACCUUCACCGGGUUGAUGAUCGCUCGCUUCGUCCUGGGCUGUACCGAAGCCAGCGUCUCCCCGGGGUUCAGUCUCCUGACCUCGCUGUGGUACCGCACCUCCGAGCAGCCCCUGCGCCAUGGGAUUUGGUUCUGUGGCAACUCGCUGUCGUUGAUUAUCGGGGGCGCGAUUGCUGUGGGGAUUUGGCAGAUCGAGACGAGCUUGCCAGCCUGGAAGUGGCUAUACAUCAUCUUCGGCCUCGUCACCUUGACCUGGGGGGUGGUGAUGCUGUUCCGCCUGCCCGACUCGCCCACCAACGCGACCUUCCUCACCCCGGAGGAAAAGGCCAUCGCGAUUGCGCGACUGAAGGCGAACCGGGCCGGGUACAAGACCAACCGGAUCGACCGGGGCCAGAUGGGGGAGGCGUUGCGGGAUCCCAAGACGUGGUUCUUGGGGGUGUUGAUUUUGGGCUGCAAUAUUCCGAAUGGAGGGUACACUACGUUUUCGGGACUGAUCCUCCAGGGAUUCGGGUAUAACACUCUCUACACCCUCCUCCUCGGUAUACCGGGGGGGUUUAUCUCAUUUCUGGUGGUCUUGGUCUCAUGCUACACCUCUUCCCGAAUCCCCAACAGCCGCUGCACCAUCUCCAUCAUUCUGACUUGCCUCAGCAUCCUAGGCACAGCCCUCGUCUCCGCCACCCACCACAACGCCUCCCGCUACAUCGGCCUCAUCCUCAUGAGCUUCUACGCGGUCACCAUGCCGCUCUCCAUGGCGCUGAUCAGCGCCAAUGUCGGCGGCGUCACCAAGCGCAGCACCGUCAGCGCCAUCUAUUUUAUCCUGUAUUGUGUGGGGAAUAUCGUCGGACCGCAACUAUUCUUUGCGGAUGAGGCGCCGCGGUAUCCGGUAGGUUUCUUGUUUUCUGACUGGGCUGAAUGGGGACAAGCUAAUCGGUGA